GAUGCCGCUUACGUACAGAGUGACGGUGUGAAUGGAAAGCACGGUUGUUGGGUCUGCAGUGGGGAAAGAUGAAGAAGCGAGCGACGGUCCGUAUGUCCAUGUUUUGUCCGGAUGGCUCCCCUACACCAAUUGGCAUGGACAGAAACAUCACUAAAAGAGCAGCUGGAAGGUCGUCCAAGAAAGUUGCUGAGUUCAACAAGCUGUCGCGGCGGCGGCCGGAGCCGGCGUCGGAGCGCGAGAACGCGCCGCCUUCGCCCCGCCGCCCCGGCCGCCGGCUGUUCUCGCGUCCGACGCUAGCCGAGAUCGGCGAGGCGGCUGACGCGCUGCCCCUGGCCACUGCCCGGCCGCCGCUCCGGCCGCUGGCCGAGCGACAGCAGUCGGCCUGUGACGAGGGCGCGCUGCUGAGACGGCCAGAGCUGAAGACAGAGCUGAAGACGCGGCCGGAGGAGUCGGUGGUGGAGGAGGAGCUGGCGUUGUUAGGGCGACGAGGUCCGGCGGCGGACACGACGCGCGGUGCUCCCAAGACGGGGCGGAACGGCUGGGACGAACCGUCGAAGACGACACGGCCGCUAGAGAACGGCGUUGAAAGGCCCACGCCUAUGACGAAGGUAGCGCCAGUGGAGCUGACAUCUCCCUCAUCCCAACCAGAGCCGUCUGUGAAUGUGCGACUGACCUCGUGUGGCGGCGGCAGUGACACGCCCUCGCCGGGAGCGAGGAACCGACCACUCUCGUCCGACUCGUUCGAGUCCGCCGCCUCGUCACCAGUCGUCACCAAGGCUCGGCUGACCGUCAGCGAGGCCCGGCCGUCCGUCAGCGAGGCCCGGCCGGCCGUCAGCGAGGCCCGGCCGUUUGCCAGCGAGACCCGGCCGUUUUUCAGCGAGACCCGGCCGGCUGUCAGCGAGCCGGACGCCGCCUCCAGCUCGGGCUCUGAGCAGAGCCUGCCGUACUUCACCCCCAGGCGGCUGGUGCGCCGCCGCCCCGCCGCUGCCGUGCUCGAGAGCUCGGACGAGAGCGGCGUCGCCGACGGUGCGGGAGGAGACGCCGGCCACCGCCCCCGCUGGGAGUCCGCGUGA